AAUUGAAAGCAAUAGCAGACACCAUAACCGGAAAUAGCCUACUCUACUGAUUAAUUUCGUUCGUUUUCGCUCAAUUCGACAAAUAGUAGAUUGCCAUUUGUACUUAAAAUUUAAUUUAAAGUACGAAACUAUUUUAAAUUUAUAUGAGAUAUUACUCAAACUUAAUCUUGUGACUUUAAAUACAUAGACAAAUCCCUUAAAUUUCAGGGUCAUGGCACUGACUAAGAAAAGUGCAAAGGAAUAUGAAAAUAUCUCCAUUGAUGAUUUGCUUGAGCAGCUCACUGAAGAGGAUAUAGAGAAACUAAACCAAGAGCUAUUCGAUCCGGACGAUUCAGAUAUUCCUGCAAGGGACAGAUGUGCUUAUAAAUUGGACAAAUCUCCAUCAGCUAAGUUUGAUAGAAAAAAGUUAUUAGAGCAUUUGGAAAAGACUGCUAAGGAGGAUAAAGAUUGGCCUGAAAAUAAGCCCUAUACAGGCGAAAAAAGAGGAAAAGUAUGGCAACCAAAGGAACAAGAAAUCAAGGAUUUAGAUGAGACUGAAAACGAUUUUAACGAUGAAAUGUGGGAAGCUGUUAAGGAUAAUGCAACUGAAGAGGAUUUAGUAGAAAUUGCUGCUUUACUCGGUAUACCGUCCCUGAUCAGUCAAACCCAGUAUCAUGCCGCAGUCGUCGGUGGUGACAAAUCUAAUAUCGACUCGACUGUGAAAGGAGGUGGAUUUCAUAGUGUGGCAAAACAUGAAAAUUUCAAGCUUUUCGAUGAAGAUCCUCAUAAUAAUACCAAUGUUGAAGAAGCUCUUGAAAAUAUAAAGGCUAACGAUCCAAAAACAACAACUAUUAACUUAAACAACAUUACUAAAAUAUCAGAAGAAAGAUUAAUUCUAUUCGCUGAAGCCUUGAAAACAAAUACGAAGUUGGAAAGAUUACAAAUGAGCAAUGUUAGAAUGACUGAUAAAGUUGGUGCUGUUCUGGCCGAAGCUCUGAAAGAAAAUAAUAAUUUAAUAGAAUUGAAUGUAGAAUCGAAUUUUCUAUCUGGAAAAUGUAUUCUUCAGCUGGUUAAAGCCAUUAACGAAAAUGGAACUCUAAAGGAAUUACGAGUUAUUAACCAGAGAGCGCAAGUUCUCGGAAAUCAGACGGAAAUGGCUAUUUCCAAAGAGAUUGAAAAGAAUAAAACCAUACUAGCCUUUAAUAUCGAGGUAGCGGCUACUGACGCAAGAAAUAGAAUUGCAAAUAGCCUUCAAAGAAACGUAGACGAAUCAAAGAGAGUCACUCGUAUAUCGAAAUAGGUAACAACUUUACGAAAAAGCUGAAGAAUGUAAUUGAAACUUUCUCACCCUAUUAUGCUUUAUAGAAAUUAUUUUCUAGUCCCAUUUAGUUAAUUCUUUUUUAUUUGUAAAUUUAGAUAUAUUACUAUUAUUAUUGAUAUUAAUGUUAUUAAUACUUCUCUAUUGAGCGUCUAAACUGCAAGUUUUUUAUCGCUUUUGCCUUCCCCUCUUAUUCCCAUUCCUUUACUAGCUGAGAUUGCAUUAUUAAGGAAACACAAUUAUCCCCCUCCCUUCCUAUUCAAUUUAACCAAUGAAUCAUAUUCAACAAAUGUGUGCUUGAUUUUAUCUCCUUAAAAGAAAGAAACAAAAAAAAAUACUCUAUUUAUAGAGAUAUUUUUGAAUAAUCCCUUGAGUUUAGUUAGUUCUGUAAACUUUUUUGAAUGUAGCUUAGCUAUAACAGAGAAAAAAAAGUAACUGCAGUUGAAAAGAAAAAACGUAUCUGAUAAUAAUAAUGAAAAAGAAAAUGAAAAAAAGAAUUGGUUCUUCUCCUUUUUUUUGAGCUUAUUUCAUAUCGUAUCGAAUUGUGUCACUUUUUGUAAAAUAUACUAUGCGGAGCUUUUACCUUUUGUUGAUCGCGUUUACCUUUGCUUAUUUUUUUUUUAUAUAAUAAAUCUCAUCACAAAUCUAUUAUGCAGUAUUCCAGAUAUUUUUCAAUUUUAAUAAAUAAACUCUUUAUCAUUCAACCCA